CCACAACUUUCUGGGCAGCUAUAGAUAUUUCACUACCACCGAGCAGAUGCUGGAUGUGCUUUUCACUUGGUUUGACUCCAACGAAGAUGACAGGCCAGAGGAAGAACUGAAAAAGGUCAUCAAUCUUUGGUACCUGGCUGGAUUAUUUCUCUCAGGAUUUCUGUGAACCACCACACUUUCCGUGCCUGAAGUUAUUACUUAAUUACCUGGUGAUUUAUAUGCCAGGCUCAGAAGUGGAGGUCCGAACGUUCCUUCUGCUGGACCACUGGGAGAUGGAAGCUAAAAAUCUAGCUACAGCUCCAAUUUUGGCAUUACAACCAAAUCCAGAGCUUGAGCCAAAUUCCUCAGGAGCACCAGAGGUGGAGCUGCCUCCUGUGGAGAUGCCAGGAUAUAAGAGUGGUCCAUUUGGAGAGCAUUUAAGGCCUCAAUUCUUGGACAUGGAGCUUGACCUGAUCAGGGAGAACCCUACUAUAUUGGCUUCCCCUCAUGACCUGGUGAAUCACCACUUCAUCCUGAUGGAAUCUAUUGAAACUCCACCAGUGUCUCUCCAAGAAGAGUCCUGCCAUAAUGAAAUUCCUGAGGCAGACAACCUGGGGAAUUUAACAGACCAGAUUUGGACUGCCCUGCUCUAUGGAAACACCAUUUUUGUUUACCACUUCCAGGGGAAUUAUGGAUGUUUCACUACCACUGAGCAUGUGCUGGAUAUUCUUUAUACAUGGGAUAUCAGCUCCAUCCUUGGCAGAUGGCUCUACCAGUACUGGGAGAAUUUUGACAAUUCUGCCGAGUUUCCCUGCCUCACACUGACAACAUACAUGCAGUUACAAAUGUCUGGAAUACAGGAGGAGUGCGAGGCCCAACUUUUCCUGGUUCACUGGGAGUACCGGGUGCCCAGUGGGGCCGUAUAUGAAGCCACUUUGAGGAAGACGUCUGAGAUGCUGACCCUUCCCUACACCCAGCGCAAUGCAGAGAGAAGCUCAUUCCUCUGAUGUGAUAAAACAUCUUUAUUAGGAGAUAAUGCAU